AUGGAGAACGGAGAUUCGAAAUUGAAAUCUAACAGUUUUGACGGAAACGAUUACAUAUUUGAAAACCCAUUGAAUUUUGAACCAAAUGAACAAGGCUUGGGUCAUCUGUAUUUCACCAGCAUGAAGAAAUACCAAAACAAUACCCUACAGUACCUCGCUGACUCCGGAGAAGAAGACACCUACUCCGACGUACUCACGAGAUGCAUAAGAACGGCCUUACAUCUUCAGCAAAGAGGCUUGACCAAAGACGACAUAGUGAUUCUCUGUACGAACAAUCACAAAAACAGCUGCGUACCGUUCAUAGCCAGCUUGUUCAUCGGUGUACCUGUCGCCAGUCUAGACCCGAGCUUAUCAGUAAUGGAUACGUCACAUCUCCUCAGAGAAGUGAAACCCAGGAUAAUAUUCGUGAUACCGAAGGCUCUAGAACUGAUAGAAAUAUCUUUGCAGGAAGCAGGAGCUGAAUCGGAUAUCGUUGUUUUCGGCAAAACCGACAAGUACACAGAUUUCUCAGAAUUCUUAGAGCCUUGCGAAGAUGAAGCAAAGUUUGUUCCAGCCCCAGUCGAUAAUCUUCAAGAAACUGCUCUCAUUUUAUUCAGCAGUGGCACCACAGGAUUGCCAAAGGGCAUAUUAAUCCACCAUUAUGCCCUCUUAGCUCAAGCCAAUACAGUGCUUCAGUCCGGUAACUCUGGCCCUGUCAGUCUGUCAUACGCGUCCCUCUACUGGAUUUCAGCAGUUCUAUUUUUGACCGCCACUAUAAGCUCUGGUGGCGCUAGACUCGUAUGUUCUACUUUCGAUCCAUCAGAACUGUGGGAUCUCAUCGAAAAAUAUCGAUUAUCGAAUUUGUUUCUGAUCCCCUCGCAAGCAGCAGACAUGGUCAAUUUGGGUAGACCAGACGGUCUCGACACCACCAGCUUGUGGUCUUGUAUGACAGGCGGUGCAGCCAUCUCAGAAAAGUGUCUGGCAGACUUCAGAGACCUUCUGCCAGGCACGUUCGUGUACCAAGUGUACGGUCAGUCCGAGGUAGCCGGAAUCAUAAGUUUGUUCAACACUUACGAGGUCAAGGAAAGCCUCUACUUGCACUAUAAGCCAAGAUCUGUCGGCUUGGUAGCACCUGGGUUGAGAUGCAAGGUCGUAGAUCCUGAUACAGAGAAGCUGUGUGGUCCAAAUGAACAUGGAGAGCUAAGAAUCGAUACGAAACUUAUAAUGAACGGUUACUAUAACAAAGAUUCUUCCGAAGCGUUCGAUUCGGGUGGAUGGCUUCGCACAGGAGACAUAGUCUACUACGAUGAGGAUAAAUGCUUGUUUGUAGUAGACAGAAUUAAAGAAAUGCUCAAAUUCAAAUCGUGGCAUGUGGCACCGGCGAUGAUUGAACAGGUUUUGACCAAUCAUCCAGCUGUUGGUAAUGCAGUGGUGAUAGGCAUACCCCACGAAGAAGAUGGUGAUUAUCCCAUGGGUUUGGUGAUUUUGAACCCGGAAUAUCAUGGGGACGUACAGGAGAGCGAUAUAGAGCAUUUUGUGGCGGAAAGAGUGCCAGAUAGGAUGAGACUUCGGGCAGGCGUGAGAAUAAUGAAAGAGUUUCCUAUGACACCGUCAGGAAAACCCAAAAGGAAGGAGCUUAGAGAAAGGGUGCUGAGAGGAGAGUUGUAGAGAUAAUGAAAAAACAGUGUUUCUUUGCACUUCUUCAUUCAAUAGUAUUCCUUCGCACACGUGCCUAAUGAAUACCUGCAUUUGUUAUAUGAUAUAUUGAAAUGGACCUAUAGAAAAUACGAGGAUGGAUCAAUUAUAUAUGUAGCAAAUAA